GAGUUGGCUUGAGGCAAGCCUGGGAGUCUCAGCCACCCCCAGGGGCAGGUGGUAGCAUCAGGGUCAACAGUUAGCUGGCCUUCCAGAUGGACUGCACUCUGGGGCUUGCUCAGGCCACUCUUGGCCCCUCCUCUCUCUCUCUUCCUGGCUCCGGCUCCCUGUGAUCAUGGCUAGAUCUCUAUGAGUGCCUCUUGGUGUUUCUGAGUGGUAGCUUCCGGGAGACCAGCAGGGUAAGGGAGGAGGGGAUGAGGGAGGUCGUAUGUUUGCACUAGUGGCCGCUGGUGACUCAUGUCCACCUGAAAGUGAGGUGCUGGAGUACACCAUGUCAGGGACUCUGUGUGCAACUGGACAGGAAAAUGUGUCUGCAACUGGUCCCCACCGCAGGUCUGGCUGUGUCUCUGUUUGAGGCCAAGUCCCGGCAUCCUCUGUGUGGUAUGGGAGACAGGGGAGGAAGGCAGAGGCUGUAGGGUUGUGGGGUUGUCAGGACGGAUCCACCCGCAGUGUUUGACUGGUUCUUUGAAGCUGCCUGCCCUGCCUCCCUACAGGAAGACCCCCCCAUUCUGCGGCAGUUCCCCCCAGACUUCAGGGACCAGGAGGCUCUGCAGAUGGUGCCCAAGUUCUGCUUCCCUUUUGACAUGGAAAGGGAGCCCCCCAGCCCCGCCGUCCAGCACUUCACCUUUGCCCUCACGGACCUGGCAGGCAACCGCAGAUUUGGGUUCUGCCGCCUUCGAUCUGGUGCCCAGAGUUGUCUCUGCAUCCUCAGCCACCUGCCAUGGUUCGAGGUGUUCUACAAGAUUCUGAACACAGUGGGGGACCUCCUAGCCCAGGACCAAGUCCAGGAGGCUGAAAUGCUUCUUCUAAACCUGCUGGAGCAGCCCCCAACUGGGCCCCAGGCCUCAGUGGGCCUGGAGCUGGGCAGCGGUCUGACCAUCUCCAGUGUGCACGGUAUCCUGCCUCCUGCCCCUGGGAAUAGCAGACUGCUUUCCUGUUUUGUGGCUCCGGACUCCGACUGUCUGCCAUCCAUUCCUGAGAAUAGGAAUCUAACGGAGCUGGUGGUGGCAGUGACAGAUGAGAACAUCGUGGGGUUGUUCGCCGCGCUCCUGGCGGAGCGAAGAAUCUUGCUCACUUCCAGCAAGCUCAGCACGUUGACGUCAUGUGUCCACGCGUCCUGUGCUCUCCUGUAUCCCAUGCGCUGGGAGCACGUGCUGAUCCCCACGGUGCCCCCGCACCUGCUGGAUUACUGCUGCGCGCCCAUGCCCUACCUCAUUGGAGUGCACGCCAGUCUCGCCCAGAAAGUGCUAGACAAAGCCCUGGAAGAUGUCGUGGUGAUGAACGUGGACUCCAAUACCUUGGAGACUCCCUUUGACGACGUGCAGGCGCUGCCCCCAGACGUGGUGUCCUUGCUGAGGCUGCGACUAAGGAAGGUUGCGCUGAGCCCUGGGGAAGGGGUAUCCCGUCUCUUCCUCAAAGCCCAGGCCCUGCUCUUUGGAGGGUACCGCGACGCGCUGGUCUGCAGCCCGGUGAGGAAACCAAGACUUGGAAAAGUCCCACAGCAGGGCCAGCCAGUAACCUUCAGCGAGGAAGCAUUCUUGGCCCAGAAGCCUGGGGCGCCCUUGCAGGCCUUCCACCAGCGGGCCGUGCAUCUGCAGCUGUUCAAGCAGUUCAUUGAAGCCCGCCUGGAGAAGCUCAACACAGGGGAAGGGUUCUCCGAUCAAUUUGAGCAGGAGAUUACCUGCUGCAGAGCCUCCUCAGGCCCCCUGCAUUCCUACCAGAUGUGGGCAGGCAACCUGAAGAAAGGUGGCGGUGCUCUCCUACAUUCAGUUAAGGCCAAAACCCAACCAGCCGUCAGGAACAUGUAUCGAUCGGCUAAGAGUGGCUUGAAGGGUAUGCAGAGCCUGCUGAUGUACAAGGAUGGGGACUCUGGCCUGCUAAGGGGGGGCUCCCUGAGGGCACCCAGCCUCACCAGCCGCUCAGAUUGCCUACAGCAGCGCCUGCCUAUCACCCAGCACUUUGGACAGAAUCGGCCUCUCCGCCCCAGUAGGAGACCCCAGCUGCAAGAGGAACACUCUGAGCCCCUGGGGAAGAGGACACCUCCUCAGAGCCCUGAGGACACCCAGGGCCUGUGGGCAGAGGAGGCUCUGGACAGCAGCUUUUUGGAGUCUGGAGAAGAAAUGGAUUUGUUGAGCGAAAUUCUAGAGAGUCUGGCUGUAGAAACCAAGAGCGUGAACAGCCUGAGACCAAGCCAGAGUUUAGACUGCUGUCACCGAGGGGACCUGGAAAGCUGCUUCAGCCUGCCUGACCUGCCAGGAAGGUCGAGAUGGCAAUCAGAUAUCCAGAGAUCACCAGAGCCCCAGCCCCUGUCCCUGCCUGCAGACCUGUCACCACUGCACAACACCCAGUCUUUGGAUGCCCUGAGCUCCUCAAAGAGCCCCCAUUCCCAGCUGCCCUCAUGUGACGAACAAGAAUUCAUCACUCCAGCCCAGCUCUCAACAACUUCUGCAGACCCAAGUGGCCAUGGGGAACCUAAAUCCUCUCCACCCGCUCAGCCCUUAAUCCCUCACCUCUUCCCUCCUCACAAGGCAGCUGAGGAUCCUAGCACCCAGGACAGCCCAUGCUCCAGGCUCCCUACAGCAUCUACCCAGCCCAGCCCUCCAAAAAGCCCCCAGCUUCUGGCCCCUACAAAGUCAACUUGUGACACUGUCUGGACGUCCCAGUCCCUUGAUUCUGAUUCUUCCUCAGAUCUCAGUUCUCUGGAGAACCCCACAACCCAGUCUCCUCAGGCCCAGGUAGGCCAUGCUCACCUCCAGCUCCCUAAGGAACCAGUAGCCCCCAACUUGCCUUCCUCUUGCACCAGCAACUGGCAAGGGCCCCAGGCUAGCAGGCGGUCCCGAGUUGCUGACCUUAAGAAGUGUUUUGAAGGUUAAGGAUUGGGAUCUAGAGAAGAUCCCUGGUCUCUCAAUAAAGUUGUGAGAGCCCAAAGCUGGUUUUGCUUGGUGAGUUUAUCUAAAACUUUCUCUCUGCUUAGAAACCUACCUGACUCACCUCCCUCCCUCCAGCCUCUAACUAGCUCCAAAGCUCCUCUCUUCCAGGAAGUCUUUCCAGCCCCCUGGACUUUUUUUUCUCGGUAGGACUGGGGUUUAAACUCUAGGCUUUGUGCUUGCGAUGAGUCACACCUCCAGUCCAUUUUGCUCUGGU